AGCUCCGAUUUCAAAUUCCCAAAAACAGAAGACAACAAAACAUUUUGUUUCUCUCUCUGCCUCCGACUCUCUCUCUCUCCAAUGGCGGCGACGCUAACCAGAGAUCAGUACGUGUACAUGGCGAAGCUCGCCGAGCAGGCGGAGCGUUACGAGGAGAUGGUGCAGUACAUGGAGCAGCUCGUCGUCAGCGCAACUCCGUCCGGUGAGUUAAGGGUGGAGGAGCGGAACCUCCUAUCCGUUGCCUACAAGAACGUGAUCGGAUCUCUGCGCGCGGCUUGGCGGAUCGUGUCGUCGAUCGAGCAGAAAGAAGAGGGCCGUAAGAAAGAUGAGCACGUGUCCCUCGUCAAGGACUACAGAUCUAAGGUGGAGGCCGAGCUGUCCUCCGUCUGCUCCGGCAUUCUCAGGAUUCUGGAUUCGCAUCUGAUUCCCUCGGCCGCCGCGAGCAAGUCGAAGGUGUUUUACCUGAAGAUGAAAGGGGAUUAUCAUCGCUAUAUGGCUGAGUUCAAGGCCGGGGAUGAGAGGAAAGCAGCUGUCGAAGAUACAAUGAACGCGUACAAAGCAGCUGAGGACAUUGCGCUUGCUGAUAUUCCACCUACACAUCCGAUAAGGCUGGGUCUGCCCUUCAACUUCCCCGUGUUUUCCUAUGAGAUCCAGAAUUCCGCCGAGGAAGCUUGCAGCAUGGCCAAACAGGCUUUCGAAGAAGCGAUAUCCGAGUUAGACGGCCUGAGAGAAGAGUCAUACAAGGACAGCGAUCUCAUCAUGCAAUUGCUGAGGGAUAAUCUAACUAUGUGGACUUCCUACAUGCAGGAGCAGACGGAUGAUGAUGAUGUCUGAGAAAGCCGUGGGACGUUGAGCUCAAGGCCAUGAGACAGCCCUUUUGUGGUUACGAUUACAUAUGAAGAGUUUUUUUUUUUUUUUUUUUUGGGUUAUUAUUGUGAUAUGAUAUCUUCUGUGUUCUCUUCAGUUAUAUUUUUAUCUCUACCUUUUUUUUAUAUGCUUCAUGCCACUCGACCAACCAUGGUCGCUCCUCUCUGAAAAUAAAAUUGCUGAAAUUACUUUUUGUUA